AUGUCGCACCCAGAUAUGGCUAUGGCUAUCAACAACAAUCUAAAUAACAUGACAAGUAUAGACUCCUCCUCUCUACUCGUCUCCAUCCAAUCUCUAUCAUACUGGAAAAUUUUCGUCACACUGAUCUCAGUCCUAUUGGUCUGGGACCAAAUCAGCUACCAAAUUAAAAAAGGUUCCAUCGCAGGCCCAGCUUUCAAGUUCUACCCUAUCAUCGGCCCUUUCUUGGAAUCCCUAGAUCCAAAAUUCGAAGAAUAUAAAGCCAAAUGGGAUUCCGGUGAAUUGUCCUGUGUCUCCAUCUUCCAUAAAUUCGUCGUCAUCGCCUCCACAAGAGACUUGGCAAGAAAAAUCUUACAAGCUCCAAAAUUCGUCAAACCUUGUGUCGUUGACGUCGCCGUCAAGAUCCUAAGACCUUCAAACUGGGUCUUUUUGGAUGGUAAGGCCCACGUCGACUACAGAAAAUCUUUGAACGGGUUGUUCACCAAAACUGCUUUGGCUCAAUACUUACCUUCUCAAGAAGAAGUCAUCGAUAAAUACAUGGAAAAAUUCGUCGAAUACUCAAAAAAGAACAACUAUGAACCACAAGUCUUCUUCCAUGAAAUGAGAGAAAUCUUAUGUGCUUUGUCUUUGCAAUCCUUCUGUGGUGAUUACAUCACUGAAGAUCAAAUUAGAAAAAUUGCUGAUGAUUAUUAUUUGGUUACCGCUGCUUUGGAAUUAGUCAACUUCCCAAUCAUUUUACCUUACACAAAGACUUGGUAUGGUAAGAGAACCGCCGAUGCUGCUAUGAAGAUUUUCGAAUCCUGUGCCCAAAGAGCUAAAGAUCACAUCGCUGCUGGUGGUAAACCAAUCUGUGUCAUGGACGCUUGGUGUAAAUUAAUGCAUGAUGCUAAGGACCGUAAUGAUUCCGAAUCAAGAUUAUUCCAUAGAGAAUUCUCAAACAAAGAAAUCUCAGAAGCUGUCUUCACUUUCCUAUUCGCCUCCCAAGAUGCCUCUUCCUCUUUAGCUUGUUGGUUAUUCCAAAUCGUUGCUGAUCGUCCAGAUAUUCUACAAAAAAUCAGAGAAGAACAAAUGGCUGUUCGUAACAAUGACUUAAACACCCCAUUGACUAUUGAAUUGAUUGAAAAAAUGACUUAUACUAACAUGGUAAUUAAAGAAACUUUACGUUACAGACCUCCUGUUUUAAUGGUUCCAUAUGUUGUCAAACAAAAAUUCCCUGUCUCUCCAAACUACACUGCUCCAAAGGGUGCCAUGUUGAUUCCAACUUUAUACCCAGCUUUACAUGACCCAGAAGUUUACGAAAACCCAGAUGACUUUAUCCCAGAAAGAUGGGUCGAAGGUUCAAAGGCCUCUGAAGCUAAGAAGAAUUGGUUGGUCUUUGGUUGUGGUCCUCAUGUUUGUUUAGGUCAAACUUACGUCUUGAUCACUUUUGCUGCAUUAAUCGGUAAAUUUGCAUUGUAUACUGAUUUCAAACACAAGGUCACCCCAUUAAGUGAAAAGAUCAAGGUUUUCGCUACUAUUUUCCCUAAGGAUGAUUUAUGGAUGUCUUUCAAGAGAAGAGAUCCAAUCACCGGUGAAGUCACUGAAUAA